CGACAACCUCACUCUCUUGAACAAGGGAUGGGAGUCCAAGUUUUCACUGUGUAGAGAACGGUGGCCGUUGGGAUAUUUUAACCAUUUCGCGUUGAUAUGUGCUUUGUGUGGAUGUUUAACAAGGUUGAUAUAUAGCUUGCCAGACCCUUUUUCUAUUAAGUGCAGUGGGAAUCGUGUAAGCUGAAUAUUUUUUACAGUGGAAUUUUCUUUUAUAACAAAAAAAGUUCACAAAUGAGUGAAGAAAGUGGAAACGUGGCCAAGAAAGGAGCGUUUCAAACGUGUUGUAGUGAUUAAGGACGUUUUUCGUGGAUAAUCCUUCCUUUGGAGGAAUUUUGUGAGAGAUGUAAUUCGAGUAGUGUGGAGGUUGUUAUGGCUGGGUGUUAUUUGUACUUGAGUUAUGGUCAACAUGAUUCACCGGCCGGAUCACACUAAAUGGCUCGCCUCUGGAUAUUCCAACAACAGCAAUACCACCACCACUCCUUCCUCCUCCUCCUCCUCCUCCAUCAACAGGCUGCAGCAGCAGCCUCAUUAUCACCAUCAUGACACAAGGUUGGUAUGCCUGAACGUUCUCGCGGGUGACCAAGCAAGUGACGACGCCACCUUGGCUUAAUGUAGAGUGACACCCCAACCUGACUUAACUUGACUACCCACAACAUUACUACACAUGAUCAACAAGUCUACGCUUCUGCGACACACGACCGAUAGACUGUCAACUGUCAAAUCAAGCAUGCCUCGGGAAAAUGACCUGGACAAAGUAUCCAUGACACGGGAUCGAGAGUUCGAGAAGCAGAGGGCGCGGAAGAUGCGAGAGAGCAUGGCCAACAUGGCCUCCUCCUCCUCGAAGGAGCAGGAGCCUCAGGGCAGGUUCGAGCUCUUCCGCCGCUCCACCAGCGGCUCCACCCACAGCAGUAAGGUGAUCAAGAAUCACGUGGAGAAGAUCCUGGGCUCCUACGACAAUUUCAAGACACUCGGCGGCGAAAUCAAGACCAGUUUGCUGGGGGUGUACCAACAGCCGCCCACGCCCAUCGCUUCCAGGGAACCCAUACACGACCCCGACUCUUACCCGCCCAUCCUCCCUCCACCUCAGACGAAUAUCAUGCCCAUGGCAGGGUCGUCUUCAUCCUCGUCGUCUUCGUCGUCUAAACCGUCGCAGCGCUCCUUGCCGGCGCACCAUUCCUCUCGCAAUGGGACGACGAGGCCGCCCAAGUCGCUGCCGCCCACGUCCAAACCCCCACACCCGCCCUCCCAUACAUCGCAGCACUCGCAGCCCAGAAACGGCGAGGUGAAGGGCAACCUGAAGAGCGGCCCGAGCUCAGGUCCUGGCGACGGAGGCGGCAACAAAUUCACACUCAUGGGGAAACCUCCAAAUUUGCCUCCCCUCAAGUUGGCUUCUGCCAGCGGCGGUGGUGGGGGUGGCGCUGCAGCUGCUGGAGGAGACGGCGAAGGAGAAGACGCUCUCCUGCAGAGGAUCCGAUCGGAGAUGUCUGUGAAGAACCCCGUGUCCGCCAUCAUUCAGACUCCGCGGCCAGAUCACAGCGACGGGAACUUCCCGUUUUCUGCUCUGACACCCAUCAAGGAUACGCCUCUGAAGGACACGUCCAGCAAAUCCUCUCGUCGGGGAGACGACCAUGCUCCGAAAUUCAAUAAGCCGUCAGAAAUAUCCUCUCUCAAAGGCCAGAAGCCUAUAGACAGAUGGAAUGUUAAAGCUGACCUUCCGCUCUCCGAGGAAAGUGAAGAUGAGCAGGUUGGUGGCACCCAUAGCAGUGAGUCACAGCUACAGUCAUCUGUAGUGGGCUCUUCAAAUUCAAAGCCUCUGCUCUCCCCAAUCUCUACUAAAACUUCAGAAGAUUCUUCUUCAGAAGACGAUUCUACAGAUGAUUCGGAGGUGUCUUCCAAUUCAGAAGAUGAACAGCCGGCUUCAGAGCCUUCAUCACCCAAGGGUCAAGGAGGGGAUAAGUCUCCCAAUCCUUGGAAACUUGAAAAAUACAUACCCACUAGGAAGAUUAAGUCACCUUCAUCACAAGAGACUGUUACUCCAGGUCCUCCACUAAGUCACCCUGAGGAUGAUCCACCACCUGUGGAUAAGCCUCCAUUGCAGUCUCAAAGGAAACGUGAUCGCCGGAAUAGCAAGGUUGUUAAGAGUGCUGGUUCGCAUCGUGGGUCACGUCACACUCAUGAGCCAGUGGUCCACUCAGACGAUAGCUCAGAUGUAGGGGAGUCACAUCGGAGGCCCACUCUGCGUGCAUUCCCCCAGUUACGUCAGUCCAAAGUGAAAUCUUCAAGAAGGGUUAACCCCAGUCAUCAUGAUUCUGAUAGUGAUUCAGACCCUGGUAGACCAUCAAAGUCUGACUCGAAUCAGUCUACUGUCACGCCAAGUAGUUCCUUGAAAGACCUAUCAAAGUUACCUGAUAAAACUCGGAAGUCUAACGACACAACAGUUGCAAGGGAUAACACAAGACGGACUCCAAAAAAGAGGACUGACUCAAAGGAUAAUCAGAAUGGUGCCAAAUCUGAAACUGUUAAGUCUAAAAGGAGCGUUAAGUCACGUGAAUACAUACCAUGUGACUUGGACUCUGAUAGUGAUAGUAUAAUUGAUGUAGAGAACGCAACUCCUUUAAAACAGCCAGCAUCCCAGAGAAGUACCCCAUCCAGGACUGCAAAAGAAUUUAAUCACAUUUCCAGUCCUGUGAAGGCCCAUCAGUUGAGCCCUCAUGUGUCUCCAAUGCCACCGUUUAGUAGUUCCAAUAAGAGCAGUUCAAGAAGGACACCACUAAGUGAAGCCAGCUCUGAGCCAGCAAAUGCAAAUAAAAGUGAGGAUCUUUUUGGAAGGAGCCAAGGAAACUCUGAAAAGGGGCCGUUGGUUAAUUCAGCAUUUACUUUAGAUAAAGACAAUAAAAAGGGAAGGGAUAGGGACCCUGUGGAAAAAGAUAGUAGAAGGAGAGGGAAGGCUCAUAGAGAAACGAGCAAAAAUAACAGUGGAACUUGUUCUAGUAGCAGUGACUCUAAAGACAGGAGUAAAAUUGAGCGAAGUAAAGGUGUAAGUGAAAGUAGUCCUUUGGACAACAGACUAAGUGGAAGACCUGGUGUGUCUCCUUUAGUUGAUAAGUCAAGCGAGUCUCCGAUAGUUAGUCCAGAACCAAAAGUGCCCAUAUCCCAAUUACAUCACGAAUUUGGUUCCCGAAAGUUCACGUGUACAAUACCCCUUAGUUUAAUUGAUAAAGUGCCCAAACCUAAUAUUAAUAGUGUUCCGUGUAUAUUGAAAACCGAGUUGAAAGAGGAGGAUAAAAAGGAAGUGCUAGACAAUAGAACUACAGGUAAAGGGGGUAAAGGAAAGCGGAAAACAGGUGAUCCAAAUGCAAAAGAAUCCUGUACUGAAGACAAUAAAGCACGUGUAAUUUCGUCCAUAUUCCGUGUGCGCAGGCCAGAUAGUGAAAAUGACAAUGAAAAGGCAAAAAAGGAACAGAAAUCCGGACCUAUUGAUAGUGAUGAUAGUGAUAAUGAGAAAAUGCCAAGUAAAUCAACGGACUCCAAAGUGAAGGAAGAAGAGGGAGAAAAUGUGAUGGCACGGCCUAGCAGUGUUCGUCAACGCUCUAGUCCAAUGCCGUCUUCAUUGUCUGACACCUCGAGUUCAAGAACCCAUAGGAAGAAGAAGAGGGAUUCUGUACCUGAGAGAUCUCCAUCAUCUCAUGAACGUAAAAAACCAAGGUGUAAUAGUGAGCGGUUAGCUCCAGAAUACUCAACGUUGAAUUCUGUUGGUGAUACAAAUUCCCUAGAUAGUUGUGAUGUGCAUAGUAGAUUGCGAGGCACUGGAGGUGAAAGUGAUCACAGCACUUCACGCAAACGUGAUCGGGAAAGGGAGAGCAGUUUGGAGAGCACUAGAAGUAGCUCACACAGUGAGUCAGGAAGGACUAGUAAGAAACCAAGAAUUUCUAAGUCUAAGGAUAUGAAGGACUCUUCUAUGAAAAGUCCUAGUAUAAGGCCAGGUAGCCAGCGUGAGAGUAGCUCAUCUCGUGCUUGGAGUCAGGAGAAGGAUUUGCAGCAAAAUUUAUAUCCCCAAAGACCUCAGCCUUCUCAGCAGUCUAGUCAGGGAAAAGUGGAUGAGAGUCAUGCAACUCCAGGCACAGAACAUGAUACAAGAGUAGAUGGUGCUUCCUUCAGAUCAAAUGGGGACCAAACAGUUACUACCUCUGAUGGGAAUGGAGAGACACCAGCAUCAGAGGCACAACAAGAAAAUGGUACUCCUAUGGUACCCCCUCAGUCCCAUAAGCAAGCAUCUGUCUUUUCCACUGGUGUUGCCAUGGGUUCUGCACAGUCUUUCCCAGACCAGUCAUCCUUUGAAGCGUAUUACUUAAAUUUGCAUAAAAGGUUUUAUCCCUCAUAUUUUGAGAGGAAGGUGAUGCCAGAGAAUAACGUAGAUUAUAUGGGCUUCUUAAGUAUGGCAAAAGAUUUAAAACAUACAGCUGAUGCUGAAGCAGAUAGAUCUGUACAAGUAAUGAAGUAUUUGGAAGCUGCUCUUUAUUUUAUUCUUAGUGGGAAGGCUAUGGAAAAUGAUCCCAAAACAGAAGAAUCGGCAUCAUUGCGAAUUUAUAAGGACACAUUAAACUUUAUUAGACAUGUAUCAUCAAUAGUCAUGAGGGAGAAGCAAGAUGUAAGUUUGGAUAACAGAUUAGCAGUUAUAAGCUUACGGUGCCAGAGUUUACUGUCUCUCCAAAUAUACAGGAUGAUAAGACAUGAGUAUAAGGAUAUUCAAAGGCAGUUAUCUAACUAUGUAAAUAAUUACGGUAAACAUGGAAGUAUUGAGACAACAAGCAAUGCAGCCAAUCCUAGUACCUGGGGUGGUCACCGGACCAGUGGUUCUCCUUCUCAUUUAUCCCAAACACCUUCACCAGCGGGAUCUGUAGGUUCUGAGGGAUCUCAGUCAUCUGGUUACAACACUAGCACUGAGGGAGCACGUACCAAGAAUGGACCCCCUCCGGUGGGCCACACUCCUCCCCAUCCUCAGCCACCUCCAGGAUCUGGGACAGUACCAGUGCCUCAACAUAUUCAUACAUUGUUUAUGAAGCAGCACCAGUACUCAUUCCACCUUGCAACUGCCCAUGACUUGUGGACAGAGGCUGACAAUUAUGUCUUCAAAAACGACAUGCAAGAAUUCUUCAUCGAGCUGGAUCAUCUUGUAAGUCCGUUGACUCUCCAUUCGUCGUUAUCAGAGCUAGUGUAUUAUGUGCAGUGUGGCCUCCAGCGUCUGAAAGACUAGCAGUGCUGCCAAUGUUAAUUUCAUAAGUUAAUUUUUCUCUUUAUUUCUCUUGGUUUUCUUUCACUGAGGUUAUACAAUUGUCCAACAGUGGGCUUUGGGUUAACUUUAUACAUGAAAAGUACAACCAUUUAUCAAACACAUUUUAAGAAUGGUGUAGCUUUGUGAAGAGACCUUUGUGCAUUGCUCACUAUGCCUUGUCAUCUAAUAAGUGAAUAGCCAUAUCUUAUAUGCAGCUUGUACUAAAGCAUAAACUUUCUCAAGGAUUACACAAUAUAUUUAAUGGUGUAUAGUGCAGUUUGGCUAUGUGUAAAUUGACAUAGGUUGUUCUGCAGUUUCAGUUGAAAGGAAAUAUUAUAAGUGGAAGGAAAAUUAUGCUCUUAUUGGCCAUUUGAAGGCUAUUAAUUGCAGCAAGGAAACCCUUAAGAUCCUGCCUUGGGUUUCUGGUUUCAUUAACAACUGUGAUGAUGCCUUAUUAUUAUUAAAUUUAGUUCUCAGAAAGAUUUUUCAUUACCAAAUAAUCUCAUAUUUUUUAUUUUUUUUCUAUAAUUAUGUUAUUUUUCCCACCCAGAACGUACAAAUUUAUGAGAGGUCCAUGUUUGUGAAGACAAUGCCUUUGUGUGCUCUUAAAGUUGAAAGUGCAUUCAUGGCCACCCUCCUGACAGUGCUCCAAAACCACUUCCCACGUUUCACAAUACUAUACAGUACUUGGAAAUAGCUUUAUACUGUGCUGAUGAAAGGCCAGCUUAAUAUCUCAAGUAUCCAUCUUUAUUAUUGCAGUGAAUUGUCUCUCUUAUCAGAGAUAGAUUGUUAUAGGGUAAAUAGCUUUAGACUUUCACAUGUAAGAGUAUCUCACCUGGUCAGCAACCAUAAACAAGAAAUUCUGUCAUUGGACUUUGAUGGGUGUGGAGGAGGCAGUUGAGAAGAACCUCAGGAAAAGUGUUGAUGCAGUUAUAUGUAUAUAUAUGUGUAUGUAUAUGUCAUGUAUAUACCUACUAUAUAUAUAUGUAUAUAUAGUGAAUGAUAUGGUAAUGCUGUAUGCAGAAAAUAAAUGUAGGGUUGUUGGUAUAGUGUAAGCUCAGAGGUUGUGCUGCUUUGGAGUGGCCUUACACAUACCAUGACCAUGAAUUCUCUGCCUCUCUUGCUGGCCGUUUGGCAAUGUAAUUAGUAUUUUGUGGCAAGUUAUUGAGCACACACAACCCUGCCAGAUGUAUAUUUUUGUACAUAUUUUGAGAAUUCGUAAUGGUACUGACCAUGAAUACAUUGCUGAUAGCAUAUUGUAUCUUUUUACUGGGCUUUAAUUGCCAAGAGAACCCUAAAAUUGAGUGACAAGUGGCGUGCAAAGAGAAGAGAAAUCGACUUUUGAAUUAUUUUUGUCCUCUGAACAAGCUGUUAUAGAUACUUUAAUUUUAUGGAUGCUCACAAGAUGUUAAUUGCAUAAACAUGAAAGUUGUUUGUCAUUGUAAAUUAUUUUCAAACCAAGAAUGCAUUAAAUUAUUUUCCUGUCACAAACAAUGAGAGACUUCUCAUUCACAUAAAAGGCCGUUUUCGUUUUUUCUUUUAUUCUGGUUACUUAUUUCUUAUACUAUAUUUGCCUGAAAUCUGGUUGCCAGUCUUUGGUCAUUCCAGCUAAUUACCAAAAUCUUUAAAAUUUGCAUAAAUAGUAAUUGUGUAGGUGUUAUUUCUUUUUUACAAUUGAAAAUAAUCUUGUUUAUUUUUGAAUUCAAAGUUAUUAAGGUUGCUCUGCCAUGCAAAAAAAAAAAAAAAAAAAAAAAAAAAAAAAAAACUUAAAAAACUUAUAACCAAAGCAUCAUGUCCAGUCCAUUGAGUCAGAAAUCUUGACACUAGGACUGUGCAUCUUUUGAACUUGAAUAUUCAAAUUUAAAAGUUUUGAAGAGCCUAUUCCUGGAAUCCAAGGUGGCAACCAGUUAGAAUAAAUAUAGGAGGUUACAACCUGACUUGGGACACAAAAUCCUCUUGUUGUGUUAUACAUGGUCUUCCUAGUAUGCCCGAUCACUGGAAGAUACCACCAUUCUCUACUGUAUCAUCUCAUAUUGCUCACUGAAAGAUAUAUACUGUAUAUGUAUAUACAAAUAUGUAUAUAUUCCCUUUAUUGGCAAAGCCAAAGAGAGUAAAACAUGUAAAAGUGCUCAUUGUUAAUUAUGGUUCUCCCACUUCCUGUUUAGACCCAUGAAAAUACAUUGCUGUUGUUUGCAAUUAUUUCUAUUUAUUUAAAAUCAUAGUUUUAUAUAUGUUAUGCAAUUUAGUAUUUUAUUAGGCAGGUAAAUGUCCCGGUGUAUAAGGACAGCUUUCCUGCUAGGGUUAAGCAAUUUAGGUUAGUAGGCAGUGUGUUCGUGUGUACUUAGCUCUUGAGCCACCCAGGUGGUUGUUGUUGAUGGCUGGCCGAGCAGCACCAGCUGAGAUGUGUGGCCUUUUGCUGCUGCUCAGUUCACAUACAUGCACACAACACAUGUCUCUAUUUUGUAAUUCAAUAUUUUCCUGCAUGAGUUUAGGUUAAAGAUUCAUGCUUCAGUCAAGUUGAUCUGUGUUUAGAAUUGUUUCAUUUUAAUUUAGCAGACAUUGUAUGCACAAAAUUUUGCAGUUUUUAAGGCUUAGGGCCAGGACAAGAAUGAAUGACUUAACUAUACUUAACCUACUUUCUUUAUGAAAGCUUUCUAUUUGAAAGACAAUGUUUAAUUGUGAUAUUUAAACGCCAUUGGCGAGUAAUAAACUUACAAACACAGUACAAUGUUGUUCCACUAAGUGGUAUUUGCACCCCUGGAAAGCCUAUGUGUACUGAGGUUCAAUUUUAUGCAUCAUGAAUUGGUAAUAUGUAUUGCAAUUCUGUCCUAAUUAAAAUUCAGAGCAUUACCUAAUCCUGUGACUAUGUUGUUUUGGAACUUCAUGAAAAUGUUGGUUUUUUCUUUAGUUCACAUGAAUCACCAGUGACCCUCCCCACAUCUAAGUGGUAACAUUGUCCUUUUUAGUCUUGGAAAAUUUGUUAGCAAAUUAAUUUGAAGAAAUUGUUUCACAAUUGUUACCAUAGACUACAGUUUAAACUUCUGAUCUUCAUGAAAUACAUGAUUGGAAUGAUAGUGCCAAAAAGGAAAAUUUAGUGGAAUACAUUUUUAGGCCUUCAGGGUUGUGAGCUUAAUGAAUUUAGAUUAAUCUUUUUUUAACUGAAUAUCAUUUGUUAAUGUAUAAAAUGGUAUGUAAAUUUUGUUGUAAUACAUUUUCUAAAUUUAUAAGAGUAUGUUGUAACAUAAUUUUCCCAUGUCUGAGAAUUUUCAGAUCACUUUCAGCUGUGAAUAGUCUCAGUUGUACUAAAGUGGAAUAUAGUGUUCAUUUUUUAGAGUAAAGUACAACUGUUUUUGCCUAUAAGCAAAAGUUUAAAUGUUUGGUUUAUUUUUAUAGCUUGCUUAUACACCUGAAAGGUCAUUCAUUAAUCUUUCAUUUGAAGAUUGGACAACAAGGUAUUUCUACAAUUAAACUUUGCCACUUUUCCAUUCUAGUUUAUGAACAGUAUAUAGCUCCCAUAUUCCAGUACUUAAUUUGUUGAUACAAUUUGGCCCAUUUUACACGUGUGUUCCUUUUGUUUUUAAUGAGGUGCAUUAAGAGAUUUGACUACAAUGUAAGAGCUGUGCCUCUGAGCCUCCCAGUGCCCAGGCUUUGGUAGGUGGGGGAACCCUUCUAAUACAUAUUGUUCACAUCAUUCAUUCAUUACAUUGUGUUGAUUGUUCAUUCUAUUCAUGUAGCCAUUCAUUCAUGGAAUUAUUAUGGGACAAUUCCUGUCAACUUUUAGUCCAAUCCAUAUGUAUUUUUCAUUCAAUUCUCAAAAAAAGUCUUGGUUCAGUGCAUCUCCCUCCAAUUAGUGUUUUACUUUCUUUUCACGCAUAUCAAGUGCAAUGUCACUUGCCAGUAAGGGAAUGAUAUACUGGCCUGAUAAUCAUCUCUCAUAUCAUUUGUUGCCAUCAGAUUCAUGAACAUCAUUACUUCAUGUCAUUUCAUUUCAUAUAUAAUGUCCCCUCGCAUAGGUUUAAUAUAUCUUGUGCUCCCCUGUGUAUAGAAAAUCAUCCCAGUAAUGGGUUUUCUUGUAGCUGGGAUGCAUUAUUCAUCCCUAGCUGCUCCACCACCUUGUGAGUGUUGGCCUUGGUUGAGAGGUUGGUUGGGUGAAAGUACAGUACUCAAGUAUGUGAGACUUCACUCAAUCACAUACACACACUCACAAAUGCCCACCUCUUACGGAAAGUGUCCUUCCUAUACCCACAUACUCUGACCUUAUUUAUUAUGACUUAAGUAGUGGUAUCGUUUCCGUGUUUGGGCGCCUGGUGUAGAGGAACCCGGAAGCUGUACAAAAGGACAGUCUUAUUCAAAUCUAUGCCAAGAUUGUAGCUAAAAUAAGUAAAUGAAUAAUAACACAUGCACAGUUUUGCUGUUUUACAGAUAUAUCAUGUACAUAAUAAAGUAUUUCUUAUGUU